AAUGUCAAUCAAAUCAAAUUUUAGGUUAGACUGGCUGGAUAAUUGAAUUUGGGGUUAUGUUAUUAUGAUUUUGAUUUAUUGAAAUAAAGUUAGCAUAUAAACCUGUAAAAAUGCUUUUCCAAAAUAACAUAAUAAAGAGAACAUGGCCCAUGUUCAUACAAUGCGCAGAAGCUCAUAGAAAACCUCGAUGGUUACCAGUCGCCAAAAGUAAGAUUUAUCGGAUCCCCAAACGGCCCGAGAUUCCUGAAGAAGAGCGUCUAGAGUUAAGGCGAAUAAAUAAUAAUUAUAAAACUCAAAUGCGUGCAAUAAGGAAGUUUUACUACGAUGAAAUGAUGAAGGAAAAGUCUUCUAAAGCGAGCGCCAGUUCAGAAAUGUCUCAACGUCAAGAGGCUGAAGAAUGGCUGCAGUGUGUGGAAAUUAAUGAUAAAUGGAAUGCCCAAGUGGCGCUAGAAAGGGAAGAGAGGCGGAAGAAGGAACUGGCAGCUAUGGAAGAGUAUGCGCUCGCUCGAAUGGAGGCUAAGGACCGAGAGAGGAAAGAAAAGUUGGCUAAGGCUUCAGAAGAGAUUAGGAAACAGAAGGAAUUGGCCAAGCAUUAUAUCACACCGGAGACUCUGGAGGCAGCAAUCGACCAUGCCCUUGCCAACCCUGUAGAUUACAACUACGCUAUUGACUUGAAAGGCAACAGAUUUGUUGGAAGAGAGACUCCUGCAGUCUUACCUAAAGAGAAGGUGGUGUAAUAAGGUUAAGUUUAUUUGGACUUCUGUUAUAGUUUCUGAAUUUUGUUAUACAACAAAUGGGGUCUUAUUUCUUUCUGUGGAGGACUAUUUUGCCGGGAGGGCCUCUUGUCGCCAACAAAAGGGGACUAUUAAUCAGUGCCAGUGCAGUAGGACAUAAGCCUUGGGCCUGUGUCAAUCUAACUCACUGUAUUCCUCUUAAUCUUUUGCCCUCCAAAGAGCACUGAAUAGUAUGUAUUAGUAAUUUACAUAGAGAUGUUGUAAAAUAAGCCUUGGUUCGUGUCUAUUUCGAAAUAAAGAAUGUACAUAGACAA